AUGUCUCCCACUCAACCCUCUGCAACGGGUAGCAAGAAUAACCCAGACGACCUCUCGGUGCGACCCAAAGAGAAAGCUCCCUCAUCGGAAUCCGCCCACAAGCCAUCGACCACUGGUAAUGACGCAAACACAGACACAGCCACAGGUAAGACUGUGAGUGGCAUCAUAGCCUGGGGAUUCACGUCGGGGAAGCCUUACCUUGCAAGCCCGCGCCUCGAUGAUCCGAAAUCCUCUUCCGUAAUCACCUCUUACUUACCAUCAAUGAUGGGUGGGAAGCAAUCGACCAAUGGCUCUGGACAGGGUUGA